CAGUCUCCACAAAAUUGUUGUGCUGCACAGGUGUGUUAAAUGUGCGCGGAAAAUUCUGUGUCGUAAAUAAUACCUGUUUUGCUUUAAGACAAUAUUUAAUUAGUUAAAAAUAACUAAAAUCACAUUCUGUUGUGUGUGUGAAUAGUAUUGAGUGAUAUAAUAAAAUCUAUUAGUGAUUUGGUGCGUUUCGAAACAGUGACAACAAGUUUUCUCGUGGUGUGUGCGGUCCUUGAAUUGGAGGCUUUAUCUUUGCGACGCUUGUAGCUGUCUUCUUAUUCGUGUAGCAAGCAGUUAGUGGCCAAGAUACGUGGAUAUCGUAACAUUGGCGUGGAAGGUGACCUAAACUUUUGAGUUGAAGGCGCCUGUGGCGGUCAUGAUGGCUCCCAGCGUGUUCCAAAGAACUAAGUCCCCUCGCUCCUCGCCCGGAAACCUGCCUAGAAAAUUACAGAACGGCACAGAAUCAGCAAGCCAGUCAGAUCCGACAGCGGACUCCAGUCCUGGCAACUCAAUAUCAGAUGCUGAGAACUUCGAGUGCUAUGGCGAGGCUGAUGGCGAUGCACCUAACACAUUAGAAAAUGGAUCACGGAGUCCAGCAAAUCCUUUAAACCGACAUUCGUGGACAAGAACUAGUCUCAGACGGACACCCCCUAGCCAUCAAGAGAACUUGCCGCAUCGGAGAUGGGGCUCCAUGAGACAUUCGGGAAAGCGGCAAAUUGGCUCCAAUGUCUUAGCAAGCCAAUUGUACCGGUCGUCGUCUUUCAACUCGUCCGGGUGCGGUUCUGGCGGCGAACCGGCGGACGAUAUGUACUCUGAUGUCUCGCUGGAGGAAGAUGUUCAAGGACUAAAUUAUAAGGUACAACUGCUGCAGCAGCAAGUGACGUCGCUGGCCGACACGCAGAGCACUGCCGACGACCGCUACGCGCGCGUCAAGGCGGACAAAGCCGUGCUGCAGGCCAGGGUACAUAUGCUGGAGGAACAGUUCAGAGAGAUGGAGAGUCGCUGCGAGGAGCGUAUAGCAGAAGAACAGAGACGUCAUAGAGAAGCUAUCGCUCGAGUAGAGAGGGAUAGAGACGCGCAACUCGCGGCAUUAGCUGACCGACUCGCGGCCGCCGAGAAUGAGGCAUCCGAUCUCAAGCAAGAGGUGGGCCGUCUACGUGGAGUAGCAGAAACUCUGCGAGCUAACAGCGAGAUAGCAACAAGAGCACAGCGUGAAGCCCAAGAGGCGGUUGGGGAGUUAACAGCGGCGUUGGCGUCCGCACGUGAGGCGGAGCGGCGCGAGCGGGCGGCGUGCGCUGCGCUGCGGGCACAGCUCGCCGCCGCGCAGAGGGACCUGGACGCCCGCGACACCGCGCCCCCGCCACCAGACCCUGAUCCCAGGCUGGAUGAACUCAGGGAGGAGCUUGUGUUAUUACGCAACCAGAACAGAUCGCUAUGCGAGGCGCAGGAGGAGCUGCAGGCGCAGCUGCUGACGCGCGGCGUGGAGGCGGGCCGCAGCCUGCUGCACGCCAGCUCGCCGCUGCUGGAGCACUCGCUCGCGCACGAGCUCUCGCAGAUGUCAGACCACGAGCCCGUUGGUAGCACGCAAACUGAACUCGGCAUAGAGUUGGAAAAGUUACAAAAAGCUUUAAAGGAACAACAAGACGUGAACGUCCAACUGAGAGCCUACAUCGACGGUAUUCUGCUUUCCAUCGUCGAGAACUACCCACAAUUACUAGAAGUGAAAUAUCAGAAACCAGAAGAAAAAUCAUAACAAUAUAAAUAUUAAAUCCCAACUUUUAUUAUCUAUAUUUGAAUUAGACGUUUUAUAAUCUAUAGACCUAAUA